UUCCGUUCCUUUUUUUUUUUUUUUUUUUUUUCCUUUCUUUCUUUGAUUCAAUUUUUUACCCGCUGGCUCAAAGCGGAGUCGGCUCUCACUGGUCCCUAUAUGCGUCGAGUAUCGGUAUAGAAGCUCGUAGAGCCUCUGCCACGUGCACUCUGGGCAAACUAUCGUAUCCAGUGAUUUUCCUCGCACCGCCUCCCCUCCCCCCCAUCCCUCACGUAUAACAUCCACGUCAAUGCCAUAGAGGCCCUCGCGAGUGCAUGUGUGACAAGUGGUAGUGCGGUGUGCCCCACCCCCCCCCCUUCUCCGUGCACGUACUUUUAAACGUGUUGUUCUUCAAAAGCUCGUGCAACUGGUGCGUCGUCGAUCGACACCGGUGUCCCUGCGCAGCGUUGUAACGAUUGGGUUGAGGUAGCAGAGCGGCGCCUCCACCUCUCGACUUUUCAUUUUUCGGAGCACACGGCCAACAGCGGUACCUACACGUUGCCGUAUACGAUAAUACACAGCAGAGAGCGGCCCAAGAGCGGUAUAUAUAUAUCGAUACGCCCGGACACGCGCUCGCACACACACACACACACACAAGGUUUAAAACACACUCCGGUGGGCGGAUGACGUAGGAAGAGGCAAAAGAGAGCGCAGGAAGAGAGGGCCCGGACUUUGUGGCACGUAAUAUAAAACAACACUUGUGUGUAUGUGUGCGCGAGAGUUGUUUCGUCGCGUUUCUGUCGAUUGUUUCGGAGUUGGUGAAACUAUCGGGUGCUCAUUUGUACACUCUAUACCUGUGCGCCUGGUGUAAUCAUCUGCAGCUAUCGCCAACCAUCAUCAUCGAGGAACAAAGAAAAUGAAGAAGCAAAGAUUGAAUUACGAAUGGAAGAAAAAUUGAAGAAAUAACAAUAAGAGUUGGUGAUUUUUGCUGCCGAUCGUGUACCGAUAUAGAGCAAGGCAAGUUACACACAUCCACGGAGAUAAUACGUGCGACUGUAGCCGAGAGAUUGUGAUUGCGAGUGUGUGCUGUGUCUCGGGCAACAGCUCUUAUCUGUGUACUACCUAUAUAUAUAUACACCUACGUGCCUCGUCGCCGGAUGGCUGCGCCUCUGCCCGCAAACCUGUACGUUACAGCCAUCGACAGCCAUACCGACAGCAAAAGCACCCGCGAGGAUGGUGAUCGCUCUCAGGAGACGAAUCUCAGGAGCCUGUACCGAGACAUCGGGAAGAGUUGCCCACUGCCGCCGUUGAGGAUCUGCCGAUAGUUGCGCGCGACUCGAAAGGAAAAACAAAAAAAAACAAAAAAAAAGCACUUGAACAAUUAGCCAGCCGAGGAUGUGACGCGGUUGCAACGCGAGGCUUAGAUUUUCGAGACUCCGGAGCAGCUACAACUGGAUAAACCAGAGGAGGCGAGCGUAACUUUGCACCGUGGGAGACAGGAAGAUGAUGAGCGUGAACGGGAGGAGGUCCGUGGCACAGGCGCCGAGGAGCGCGCCAUCCGGUCCGGAGCGCCAGGGCCCCGUGAGCUUGAACAUGGUGAUAGGCCAGCGCAAGGUAGACGCCGGCAACAACAACAACACGGGGGUGACGACAAACGGCAGCUCGUGCCAGGAGGGCAAGGACGACGCGCUGUCGCAGCUGGAGAAGCAGGUCCGCUCGAUCGAGGUGAACACCAUGGCCGCCGCCGGGCCCAAGGAGGACAACAACGCGUCCGCCACCACCCAGAAAUUUUACGAAGCCUUUCUGCGCUACAAAGAACAGAAGGACCUCGGUGCCACCGCCGAUCAAGAACAAGAGCGUAGGUUCGUGCCGAGUCGCCGAGGGGGAAUGGAUCGCGGCGAGGCGUUCCGUAGUUCCUUCAAUUACGAGAGCCGUGCCCGAGCGUCCCACGGCACCCCGGCCAUGGCGAUGAAGUUGGCGCGCGCCGCCUCGGACGCGCGCCGGCGCCCGGAACUCGAGACGCCCCAGAGGAUGCACCGAGCCGUCGCCAAGUUGAACAAUCCGAGCACCCGGCCCAUCGAUCUCGAGGCAAACGAUGGCAUCAUCGGGGGAGGUGGCGGGGGCGGCGUGUCGGGCGGCACCGUGGCUGGUGCGCCGAGCGCGGCGCGACUCUCGUCACGCAGUAGGACGUCCGAGGAGCCGCACAUCGGCAAGUACAAGCUCCUCAAGACCAUCGGCAAGGGCAACUUUGCCAAGGUCAAGCUCGCCAAGCACGUGCCCACGGGCAAGGAGGUCGCCAUCAAGAUCAUCGACAAGACGCAACUCAAUCCGGGCAGUCUGCAAAAGCUUUUCCGCGAGGUCAGGAUAAUGAAGAUGCUCGACCACCCGAACAUCGUGAAGCUCUUCCAGGUGAUCGAGACGGAGAAGACGCUGUACCUGGUGAUGGAGUACGCGAGCGGGGGCGAGGUCUUUGACUACCUCGUGCUCCACGGCCGGAUGAAGGAGAAGGAGGCCAGAGCCAAGUUCCGGCAGAUCGUCUCGGCCGUGCAGUACUGCCACCAAAAGAAGAUCAUACACAGGGACCUCAAGGCCGAGAAUCUCUUGCUGGACAGCGAGAUGAACAUCAAGAUAGCCGAUUUUGGCUUCAGCAACGAGUUCACGCCCGGCAACAAGCUCGACACCUUUUGCGGCUCGCCCCCCUACGCCGCGCCCGAGUUGUUUCAAGGUAAAAAGUACGACGGUCCCGAGGUCGACGUGUGGUCGCUCGGCGUGAUACUUUACACCCUCGUGUCGGGCUCUCUGCCCUUCGACGGCUCGACGCUCAGAGAGUUGCGCGAGAGGGUGCUCAGGGGCAAGUACAGGAUUCCCUUCUACAUGUCCACGGACUGCGAGGCUCUGCUCAAAAAGUUUUUGGUGCUCAAUCCCACGAAACGGGCCUCAUUGGAGACUAUUAUGAAGGACAAGUGGAUGAACAUGGGUUACGAAGACGACGAGUUGAAACCGUACUUAGAACCAGAGCCCGAUUACAAAGACCACAAGAGGAUAGGUGAGUCUGCCAAAGCACUAGCGAGUAUGGGCUACACGCGAAGUGAAAUCGAAGACUCACUGUCACAAGCGAAAUACGACGAUGUAUUCGCGACGUACUUGCUGCUUGGCAGGAAAAGCAACGACCCGGAAAGCGAUGGCUCGAGGUCAGGCAGCUCCUUAUCACUGCGCAACAUUCCACCGCAGGUCAGCUCGGCCGGAGGCGCUGGCGGCGGUGCCGGGACGGGAGGAGCUGCUCAGAGUCCCUCGCAUCGUAGCGUGCACCGCAGCAUCUCGGCGAGCAAUCCAAAACCCAGCAGGCGAGCCUCAUCCGGUGCGGAAACGCUUCGCGGAGCUCCAAGUCCAGGUAAUACAACGAACCACAAUCAUGCUACUGCUGUAACCGGUGGAACGGUAACUGGAACAAGUGGUAGUAAUUUCAAACGUCAGAAUACCGUGGACGCAGCAACAAUUAAAGAAAAUUCCGCACGAGCAGCUCGUGAGUCUAUUAGGCCAUCUGCGCCAAAAAAUAGCCCUGGACAGCUUGAUACUAUGACAAUGUUCAUUCUAGGCGUCGGUACGAGUCCUGGCGGCAAGCCGAGAGUCGGCAAGACUAACACGAUGAACACAGGAUUCACAGCCGUUAAAAGUUGUACACCUACGCCUGGCUCUAUUGGCCGUCGUAGUACCAUAUCCUACGAUCAGGCCAAAACGGCGUCCGCCUCCACCGAAAGAACGAACGACAUGCCCAGCUUGGGUGUCACUCCAAGCAAUAGAUUAGCAACGCCCACGGCGCCUGCCUUCCCGAGGAAUGUUCCGAGUCGUAGUACCUUCCACUCUGGCCAAAAUCGUACAUCGAGGAAUCACACUCAGAGUCAUACGCAUACGCAGGACACGAACGCGAUAACCUCGAUAAGGCCGUCCUUCUUUUCCAAAAUCUCCUCAAAGUUUUCCAAGCGGUUUGCCAAUUAAAGUGAUGAAUCUCUUGCACUUGAUAUGCCGAUAAAUAAUAAUGGUGAAACGAAGACAAGCACCACACACACGCUCUCGCAAGCCGACUAUCUCGCUCGCACGAAUUUAUAUCAAAGUAUGCCGACGCUGUAUUUCUGCGAUAGUAUCUUUUACAACAGAAAAAAGAAAAGAAAAAAAACAGAGAAAGGCGUUUAUUUUUUACGUACAUAAGAAAAAAUCGUAACUUAUAUUAUACGAGAAUACGCAGACGCGGAUGAGAAAGCCAAGCGAACUAUUUUUUUUUCCCCAUUAUUCUCGUACAUCUAAUCAAUGUCUCUUUCUCGCAACUCUCCACAAGACGCAUAGCUGGUUAAGACGAACAAUUUAUAUUUAUUGAGAGAUACAUAACUCCACGAAUUGCCUCAUGUGUGAGCGUGUAUUAUUUACAUUUGUACAUGAUGAGCAGCCCAAGCGCAAGAACUCGACGACUAUACUAUUUUUCUGUUCUCCGAAGUGAACGGGGUGGGUGAGAGUGUAUUAUAUCAUUAAUUUUCUGUUUGAGUAAAUGCAAAUGGCUGCUUAUUUGAGUAACCAAUUCUCUCUUUCUUUCUCUCUCGUUAAACGAUCCUCGGUAGACAUAAAAAUAUAUAUAUUUAGAGAAAUAUCCCCAAAAUUUACCGUGAAAUUCACGGUAACACCGGGGAUACGCGUCACGGUGUGGGGUUUUGAUACCGGAAUCGUAUAAUUAUUUAUUUAUCAUCGUAUAAAAUUCACACAACGUCUAGUAAAAUAUACCGUUCUCUGUAAAUUUUAUAAAAACAAUGUGUACAUACAAUUUUGAUUGUCAAUUGCGGGGAUUUCGCAAGCCCGGUAAAUAAAAACUGUAGCUGUCAGUCGACAAGAAUUUCACUUUUUUUUUUUUCCAAAGUAAUAAUCGUCACAGUAGAACUUCUCGCGAAUUGUUUGAUCAAAUUCAAUUUCACUCGAUUGUGGAAUAACCUAUAUAUAAUCUUUUAACAUUUUGGGCUACAAUAAAUUUAUCUUCGCUGGACGAUCAAUUUGUGUGCCCUUGUAAUAAAAAUCUAGAGGAAAAAGUAAAAUAAUAACUCGUUUACUGUUAUGGCAGUAUAAUUUUUACAAAGAAUUUCACCGUAAGUUUUAUGAGAAAUUUCCUCAUUUAUACAAAAAUGUGCGAUGAACGUCACACAACAUUUGGGAUUAUUGAUUUCCUCCCCAUUUCCGUAUUUUUUAUUUUUUUCCAAUGCACACUACCAAUGAAAAUUAUACAUCGUGGCAGAGAAUUUUAGAGAAUUUUUUUCAGAAUUUUUGCGGAGAAAAUUUUUUGACUGAAUGCCUUUUGCGUUCAACAAUCGAUCGAAUGUGACGCGAUUUAUUGCAUAUUAAACUUAUGAUAAAGAGAUAAAUGUAAAUAUGUUAUAUUUCAUGCUUUUUUUCAUCUUAGUAUUUAUUUUGGUUUUUUUUCUUUUCUUUCUUUUAUUAAGCACCCGAAUUCAGCUACGUGUUUAAAGGCAAUGGUAUUUUAUAAACAAAAAUAUAGUAAAAAAAAAAAAAAAAAAAUUCAUACACGGACUUUUUUUCCUGAAGCUUAAAAUGUGAAAUGAGCCUUAUUUUACGCCUUAAAAAGUUUUAUAAAACUGUACGUGUAAGUUGUGACGAUUAUUUUCUCUUCUCAUCGUAGCAUUUAUAUACAUUCUUUGUACAUUUGCAUUUUCUCUAAGAUUGCUGCUGCACAAAAUUGCAUGAACAAUGCGCCAGAGAAAAAAAAAAUUCACGUUGUAACGAGUGAAAUGUUAUUGCUGCAGAGUAUGUAUUUUUGUAAAUAUAAAAAUAGAGAUACGAUAUGUUGGCUCGCAGAUUAAAUAGAGCACUAACUAUACGAAAAAAAAAGAAAAUUAAAAAAAUUAAAUCUUGCGGCGAUUUUUGAUUACAUUUUUUUCACAAAAAAUGUAUUGUAGCCUACUCUACUUACACACUUUUCAGUAACAUAAUGACUCCGAGUGAGGUUUAAAAUAAGAAGAAUAAAAAAAUUAUAACACAUUGAAAAUUUAGGUAAAUUGGAAUUUUUUAGAAUUACACAAAUGUAUGAAAUAUGAUUUUCUGAUUCUCUAUGAUCCAUGGAUGUAUGUGUGAUAAAAAAUAAAUUCAUAUUUGGGCGUAUGCAAAUUUUAUCAAAUGUUUUUCAUUAUUUUAGUAUUUUUUAUCUUGAAAAACAAGUUUUUUGCAUCAGUGAAACUUUUAAAAGUAUAAUUUUUUCGUUCGAAGGGCUUGGCUACUAGUCAAAUAAAGGCACUGAAAUGUUACAUUUUUUAUCAUUUUCUAAUCACAUUUUAUGCUCUGAAAAUGACAUUUUGUUUUUAUGAAUAUGUUCGCUUAACUCGAAAUUUUUAAGUAAGAUAUUAACAGAUGUCUUAGGUAAAUCGACAGUUUAUAUUAAGCUGAGUGUAUAAUAUGUAUUUUAUUUGAAAAAUAAAAUAUGCAUUUUGCUGUUGCAUUAAGAGUGUAAGAUGUACGUAAUAGUUUCUAGUUGUAUUUUACUGUCUUUUUUUCGUAGUAAUAGUGAGAAAAACAUAAAAGUAACCAUUAUUUUUAAAGUUUAUUAUUAACCAGCGCAAAAGUAUGUGUAAAUUGCAUUUGUAUCGUAGUAAGUCACCAAUUAACUGUUAUAUUAACUUGAUUAAAGAAAAAAAAUAACUAAUUUAAAAAUUUACAUCCAGUUAAGCGAACAAACAUAAUUGUGCAAUCACUUUUUUCAUAUUUUUUUUUUUUUUUUUUUUUCUACUUUUCCAUGUCCAUCAACAAACUGUUUCAUGUCUAUCAAUGUAAACGCCUAUUAUAUUCUAAUUGAAGGAAAAUAAAGGUAUUAAAUCAACGGAAUGAUAAGAAUCUGCUAUUAAUGUACAAUAUGUUUUCACGAAACGAAAUAUGAUGAAUAUAAUGUGAACCUGCGCUAAUCUGUAAGAUUUAGAGACAGACACAAAAAUAUCGAUGCAUUUUUUCUCAUUAUAAUCACAUACAUCCACAACCAUAUAAUAUUAUUUACGAGUGUAACCACUGGUUAGAGGAGAAAAAACCAGUGUAAACUAUGAUCAAUCCAUAAAUGUAAAGUGUUAUUUAUCAGAAGACACUCUGUAUGCAUCUACUGGUGAACGAGAAGUAUAUUAGUGAAAAUUCCUCUUACAGGAAGCAGAAUUAGACGAUUCUAAAGGUUUUAUCGUAUAGAGAAAUUAAUUAUCGACUUAUUAUCUUUAAUAUUACUAUUAUGAUUAAUAUUAUUAUUAAUAUUAUUAUUAACUGUGAAUAAAAUUAGUAAAUCUUGAUUGUACCAUAUACUUAUAGGAUUGCAACUGUUUGCUGCAACUCAGCUCUACUUCCGUCCAAAUUCAGCAUUGCCUCAUUUUCAUUUUCAUUAAUUUUUUACGACUAUCUAUAUAGUCAAUUAAGUCCAAGGGAUUAAAAAAGUGUUAAUCGCAAUGAUUGAUUACAGUUUUCUAUCGCACCACCGUUGCAACGUUUACGAUUGUAAUCGUACGAUUAUUUUAAUAAUACUCUUUGUUUAUUUCUAAUUAUCGUAUACAUAUAUAUAUAUUUAUUUUACUGCACUAUCCU